ACUCCCAAGGUACGGCUGGCUCCCCCCACUCCGAGGAGACUUGGCUUCUACUGCAUCGCAGGCGCGCACCACUUCGCUCGCUCGCUCGAUCAUAACCUCACCGGUCACCACCAGCAGCCGCAGCCCAACGCUCGACAGCGCCAUCAUCACUCGCAGUACCCCAAGCCGCGCGCGCCGCUGCCUGCUGGUGUGGUGUCAUAAGCCGCCGCGCGAGAGUGCGAGACGCCCGGCGCUGGACAAGGGGGCGAGUGAGCGCUGCGUGCGGAGCCGGUGGGAGGCGCGGGGAGCGGAGGACAGGAGAGAGACAGCGCGCGUCAUGGGCGCCGGGAUCAGGAUCCUGGCGGCGUUCCUGGCGGCGCUCGCGGCCGCCGCCGGCGUGGCGGCGCAGCUGCGGCAGGACUACUACACCGCGGUUUGCCCGGACCUGGAGAGCAUCGUGCGCGACGCCGUGUCCAAGAAGGUCCAGGACCAGCCCGUCGCCGUCGGCGCUACCAUCCGCCUCUUCUUCCACGACUGCUUCGUCGAGGGAUGCGACGCGUCCGUGAUCCUGGUGUCGACGGGGAACAGCACGGCGGAGAAGGACCACCCGAACAACCUCUCCCUCGCCGGCGACGGCUUCGACACGGUCAUCAAGGCCAAGGCGGCCGUCGACGCCGUGCCGGCGUGCACGAACCAGGUGUCGUGCGCGGACAUCCUCGCCCUCGCCACCCGGGACGUCAUUGCCCUGGCUGGCGGGCCGUCGUACGCGGUGGAGCUCGGGAGGCUGGACGGGCUGGUCUCGCUGUCGACCAACGUCGACGGGAAGCUGCCGCCGCCGUCGUUCGACCUGGACCAGCUGACGACGCUGUUCGCCGCCAACAACCUGUCGCAGGCCGACAUGAUCGCUCUAUCUGCGGCGCACACGGUGGGGUUCGCGCACUGCAGCACGUUCGCGGAACGGAUCCAGCCGGCGUCGGUGGACCCGACGAUGAACGCCACGUACGCGGCGGACCUGCAGGCGGCGUGCCCGGCGGGGGUGGACCCCAACAUCGCGCUGCAGCUGGACCCCGUCACCCCGCAGGCCUUCGACAACCAGUACUUCGUCAACCUGGUCAAUGGCCGGGGGCUCUUCACCUCCGACCAGGUGCUCUACUCCGACGCCCGCUCGCAGCCCACCGUCGUGGCGUGGGCGCAGAACGCCACCGACUUCGAGCAGGCCUUCGUCGACGCCAUGACCAGGCUCGGCCGCGUCGGCGUCAAGACCGACCCCUCGCAGGGGAACAUCCGCCGGGACUGCGCCUUCCUCAACUGAUCUGAUGACUGAUCUCGUGAUCCGUCUCUGAAACUCUGAAUGAAAAAAGCUGCAAUGCAACAUAACGAGGGGCUGGUUGUCUCAAAGUGUUCAUAUAGAAUCUAGAGUAAAAUUUCAUCACAACUUAAGGUUAAUGCUAAGAAGAUUGUUUGAUUCAGUGGUUGAUAGUGGCACUUGGUAGGGCAAAUGCAUUCGUUUUCUUCUCUCUUUUUUUUGUUCAGUUCCGGAGUAAGAUUUGUUGAGCUGUUUCUUCUUCUUCUUCUGUAUGUGUGUGGAUGUUAGGCUUUGGCUCAUGAAUGAAGAGCCUUUUUGUAGUUUUAUGCUUUUUUUAUCCCAAAACAACCUUGUUCUUCUCAA